AGUGAGGGAGGGGGAAGCGGCGUAUGCUUGUAUACAACAACCCCGAUUUCCAUUUUUUUCCCAACUCGUAAUGUAUUUAAUUCAAGUGAAACGUAAUCAUGACGUGUCGUGUCAUUAAUCUCCUCGCCGCCUCUCCCAACUGUGUUGGAGGUGGUCUGAGGAACUGGACCAAGCACUGUAACAGCUUUUCCACACCCAGUAGAGCAACUAAAGUAUGGCACACAAGCACUGCUGAGCAUGGAUUCACCCCCAGAGUCUGUUCUGGCUCUCUCCUGUGAGCCCCUCCCAACUUCCCCCACACUUCCAUCCUUGGACCAUAGUCCUCUGGACCUCCACAAUUGCUCUCCUCCACCUUUUCAGAUCUCCUCCUUUCCUUGCGAGGAAGACAAUGAGGAGGAAGAGGAAGAUGAGAAUGAAGAGAAGGAAAUUUCUGCACCCCCCUCCCCCACCCCUGCAGUUGCACUGUUCCCAGGAGACCAGGAGGCACAGAGUCCUUCACCAGACAACAGCCCUCCAGACAUGCACCUGGAACCCAUUCCCCUGAGGGGAGCGCUCCCAGGAUUCGGGGCUCUGGAGCUGGCCUUGUCCUCUACCCAGGACCCCAGCUGCAGCGAUGAGCUGGACCUACAGCUCUUCCACAACGGCCGUCCAAGUGGGGAGGAGGGUGAACGGAGUGGGGGGGACGGAGCAGGGACACAGGUGACAUCGCCUGCGCUCAAGUUCCCCUGUAAGGUGUGCGGGAAAAGGUUCCGAUUCAACAGCAUCCUGUCCCUGCACGCUCGUGCUCACAUCUUGGAACGGGAGCGCGCCUCUUUCGUCUGCCAGUGCUGUGGGUUCCGGGCUUCCAGUAGGGCCUCGCUUGCCGUACACAUGAAGGGGCACCACAAUCAGAGUCGAGCACCAGAGCCAGCCAAUCGGAGCCCUAUGGGGGGGUGCUCUGUAAGCUCACCAGGAACCAGCGAGACCCUGUCUACCCUUAGUCCGCUCAUCUCUGCUGGUGAGACCGCACAGUUGACCCCACCUCUCAUGGAAGAAGCUGCCCCCGUCACCACUGCUUCCACAGAUGAUGUUGGCUCUUCCGCCUCCGUUGCCUUCCGGUGCCACGCCUGCAAGGGCAAGUUUCGUACGGCGUCUGAACUGUCGCGGCACGUCCGCAUCCUCCACAACCCCUACAAGUGCACCAUGUGUCCGUUCUCAGCCAGCAGAGAAGAGGAUCUGGCUUCGCACCUGCAGGAGAGCCACCCAGCCUUGUCCCCAGUGGAGGCUGCUGAAAGCGACGCGACCCCUGCCGUGUCUGCUGUGCCCCCACCCCCGCCUCCUGCAUUUUGCUGCGAGACCUGUGGUCAGCGCUUCACCCAGUCCUGGUUCCUCAAGGGCCACAUGCGGAAGCACAAGGACUCUCUCGACCAUAAAUGCCAGGUCUGUGGACGUGGCUUCAAGGAACCCUGGUUCCUGAAGAACCAUAUGAAGGUGCACCUCAACAAACUAGGGCUUAAAACCGGCCUGAGUAGCACAGUGUCUGAUGACCAGACCAAAACCCCCGCUGGAGGCCAGGCUUUGGGGACACUUUACUCAAGUGUACUCCUGGCUCAUGGAGCAGGAGGUGCUGGUGAAACAGGGGGAGGAGGAGGGAGAGUAGAUAGGGAAGCCCUCGCGAAGCUGGCUGCAGCAGGGAGCAGUGAGGCAGGAGGUUCAGCUAAAGUCUCCUUGUUGGGAUACCUGGGGCUCCCGGGUGACGGCGGUGCGGCCAGCUGCAUGGAGAGGCUUCAGGCUGUGGCGCAGGUAGCGGAGAUGAGCAGCGGGGGAGGGGGAGCAGGCGGAUUGGGGGAUCAGGCGGCUGUGUGGCAUAUGGUGGCCCACAGCCUGGCUGCUGCCCAACAGCAACAGCAUCAGCACCAGCAUCAGCACCAGCAACAGCAUCAGCAACAGCAGAGACCCAGGCAGCGCAAACACAGGAGCUCAGUGGCCGGAGAGGCAGAGCAAGUGCGGGCCUACCUGGGGGGGCUCAUGUCCAGGGAAGUGCCGCCGGGGGCUUCGUGGGAAUGCCCCGACUGUGGCAAGCUCUUCCGGAGCCUGCAGCAGGCUGUGGCGCAUGCCCGAGUUCAUACGCAAAGGCCACCAAAGAGGGAGGACAGCGGGAAGAGGCGCAGCGGUGGAGAAAGAGGAGCUAGGGGAGGCAGCGAGGGGAGGGCAGACAUCCCCAAGGCCCCAGGGAGCCAGCAGCAAGCAACAGGAACAGCUGUGGGUACAGUGGCCGCUGGAGGAUUCCACGCUAUGAUGUCACACUUCCAAGGUGAGAAUGGUCUGAGGAGCAUCUCCUCUGGUCAGCCUGCAGGCCCCAAGGAGCGGGUAAGAGGUACAGGGGUGAAGGACUGUCCUUACUGUGGCAAAGCCUUCCGGUCCUCCCACCACUUAAAAGUGCAUCUCCGAGUGCACACUGGGGAGAGACCAUACAAAUGUCCCCACUGUGAUUAUGCUGGGACCCAGUCCGGCUCCUUGAAAUACCACCUACAGAGGCAUCACCGGGAACAGAGAAGCUCUUCAGGUGGCAGUAAUGCCUCCAGUGCAGCCCCAACACGAAAUGCCCCCCUGACACCUGGCUCUGGGAGCCCCUAUGGUCAGCACGGCUCCAAGCAACGCUGCUCCACCUCCUCCCAGAGCUCCUUUAGGAGGGUGGAGUCACCCAAGCACGGUCAGCCGUGGCAUGCAGGUCCAUCAGAGCGCAGAGAGCGAAGGGGUUCCCAAAGGAGUGGCGGUAAGGGAGUGCACAGGGAGGCGGAGGACUUCCAUUACAUUCCUGGGGUCAUGGGGGGACUUUACCUUGGGGGAUCUGAGGGCAGCUGGGGUGGGGAAGGUCCCCAUGGCAAGCUGCCGAAGGUGUCCCGCCGUAAACCAGCAAGCACCAGCCGCAUGGUCCCCACCAACGGCCAGAUGGAAGGCAGCAGGCCUAGAGGGCCACUGGAGCGAUUUGAGCCUUUGGACCUUUCCCGUCGACCCUCCCCAGGUCAGGGUUCUGAAGACGAUGGAGGGGCGGUCACCCUGAACCAGUGCCUCUUUUGUCCCUUCCGCACCUCCUCCGCAGAGCUGAUGGCGAUGCACUUGCAAGUCAACCACACCAGCAAGUCCCGACGCAAGAGGAGCCUGAUGGGGGAGACCUGGACCCACAGAGAGGUCGCAAAACCAGCCCUUCAUGCUGGGGCGGACCCUGUCGCCCUCUGGAAGUCCUGGAGGAAUGAUGGCUGGGCCAGUAGUGCAGCAGUGAGACCUAAUGGCUGCUUACGGGAAGGACCGAGAGCUAAGAUGAAAUCAAACUCAACCGUUGAAACUAACCCUGACUCUACAACUGUCCGAAGCAUGUAUGAGUGCGACGACGAGGAGGAAGAAGUAGAAGAGGAGGAAGAAGAGGAAGAGAUGGAAGGAGACAAGGAGGCAGAAAGCAGUAGUUUAGGUGAUUCCCCCAAGACUGAGGGAACAGUAAUCCAUUCCCCAGCCUUAGGGUUUGAGGAGAGCACCCCCGUGGUAGAGAGGGGUGAGGCCAAUUAACCCGAGAGAGUAGAAGCUGUGAGAGGCAAUAGGGAGAGAGUUGAGAAAGCAGAGAAGUAAAAAAAGAAAUAAGAAAGAAUAUGGAUGACAAGGUGUUGCCAUAGUUUCAAGUCAUACUGUCUGUUUUUUUUUAUGUAUGAGGGAAUCCUCGAAAAUUCAUGAUAGAAAUAUCAUCAGCUAUGUCCUUUCCUUUGUCCUGCAUGGACAGCUUUGAUCUUGUGAAAAAAAAGAAGUUCAGACGACAAAACAGAAAGGUUUGGCCUUAGUACAAUUCCAAAGCUUCCACUUUGUGAAGACAUCAUUCUCACCACUUGCAAUCCCAGUAUUCCAUUGGCCGUUCCUGACAAAUUAUCAACCAUCAAUUCCAGGACGGUGGUAAAUGUGAUUCCUCUAAAUGGGCUCAGAAGAAAAGCACAAGCUGCAUGGCUUGAGUUUUUCCUCCUAGAUUUAAACGGAUGUUUCUUAUCGUUUUACCAAUCAUUCUGAUUCACAUAGCACUUGCGGUAUAGAAGAGGCCCCUUUAACUGAAGGAUAUUGUAGUGUUAGAGUAAAUAGUUACAAAUAGAUGAAUGUCACUGCUGUCAAAGUAGCCGUUAGAAUUUCUUCAGCAGUAUAAGGUAAAUGAAUUUAAUAAAAAAAAAAAAACAUAAAUUUGGUCUGAAUAUGUCUUUCCUCAGGGAGACAAUUUUUUUUUCUCACAGAAAUGAAUUUACACAAUAAAAUAUGCUUUGCUGGAAGAGUGAGCAUUAGGUCUGCUGCUGGAGUGCCCAUACUGGUGCUGCAGAAGAACAUGGACUCAGAAACAGCCUUCUGUUCAAAAGUCUUGCCAGCCAUUGAGGUAGAGCUUCAACUGUUAUCGUAAAAGUAUUCUCCAUUUCCAUAUCAGUAUUUCCAACAUGGACAGCUUAGAGUGCUGUGAGUUCAGACGGACCAUACCACUCCAACUCAGGAGAAGCAGUCCUGCCUGUGGAACUAAGCAAGAAUUUAUCUGUGAAUACAUUCCAUAGGGCCAAUCUAGAACUGGUUCUAUUAGUCACAAAGCUGCCUUUGGCAUUUCAGAGGGCACCCAGAAAACGACGGGCACCUUUAUUGCCACUGUAAGCCACUUGACUGCAAGCGUGCAUGAUGCCUGUCCACACUCAUUAAGCGAUGAGCGAUCGGUCGUUUCUGUGAGAACGACUUACAUCCUCAUGGCAAAGACGCCCCCUAUUUUAUGCCUGUGAUCCCAAACCAAGACAAUGGUGCAGAGCCACGCAGCCGGAUGCCCGAAACUCGCUCGUUUACCUUAAGUUGCAGACACGCUUUUCACUUGCACGUGACCCAGUUGUCCCAUUUCCAUCUGGCUUUGAUGUAUUCCAAGUGUGAUUUCGAGAACCGUGUGUUUCUUAAGAACAACAUUAGUGCCUAGUAACGUGGUAUGAAGACGGUCAUUGAUCUGAUUUAUGGAUAGAAAGAGAAACUGCAGAAGUGUAAAGAAGAGGGUUAUUAUACAUAAAUUAGAUGGUACUGGCGUCAUUCAGUCUAACUACUGUACAUAAUGCUGGCGCCUUUAGGAAAAAAAUGGUAUGAGAUAAAAUGAAAACAGAGGGCAUAUUUCCAUGUGUAUUACAAAAGUGCCAGUAUUGUUUGUGAAAUGUUAUUCUAACAGAGGCUAUAGGUUUAUUAAGAAAACGGCACUGUUGACAUCAGUCCAGAUUCUGUUUUUCCUGAGAUGAAGGCGCAUUUGAACAGGGAAGAGAAGGUGCUACAGGUUCACCGUGCAGGGAGACGGAAACCAAGCAAUGGGCUUGGACUCGCUGUUCAUAACUCACCCCCUCUCCCCCCUCCCCAAGAAAAAAGAAAAAAGAAAAACACCCAUCUAAAGAUAAGAAUAGAUGCGGAGCAAAAAUAAGCAGAAGCAAAUCGGAAUACUACUUCUUUUAGAUCAGUAGUUUUGUUUUUUUUUUAAGUUAAACAAGUUAUAAAACACUAACAAAUAGAAAACCCAGUAGAAAAUGUGUAGCUUUUAUAAGACAAAAAAGAACAAAAAAAUAAAGGUAAAGAGUAUUAAUAUUAGUAAUAAUAAUAAUUAUAACAGUUACAAAAAAACUGGAAUUAAAUGUAUGCAGAUCACUGUGUGAGGGGUACUUUUUCCCUAAAUAGUUUUUUUUUCCAGUUAAGGACAACCAAACAUUUUAUAUAAAUAUAUAUAAAUAUAUUAAAUGAAGUAGCUUUUUUUCUUGUUGAACCUGUCGAGCUACAGCUUGAACUGUGACCCAUGGUCCUGUAUCUUCAUCUUCUCAUGAUGCAGGUGGGGGGGGGGCUCCACUGCCACAGGCAGACAUUUAUUUUUUGUAUAAAAUGUGCAAUUCCAGCACACUGGAGCAUUUGGGUUUGACCCUUAAUCUCUGUUGCCUUUUCUUAAGGUAAAAGUAUUAAUUGCGGUACCCUCAGUUCAAAAAGCUUCCCUUUGGUUCAGUCCGUUGUUAAAUCCUCAAGUGUCUCCUACCUACACUAGUAAUAGGGCUGACUUCUCAGAGCAUGUAAAUGUCUCUAAAAAUUGUUGAGAUUUGUGAACUCUAUCCAUUGGAUUGGAUUACUGUGUGAUUAUCCUGAGGGUAGGAUUUGAGUUCUUGUGUCUUUUUUUCCUUGAUAAGAAGAGGACCAGUGAUUCUUGUUGUGGCUUUAUUGCGUCAGUCUGUGCGUUUUAUUCCUUUGUUAUUAGAGCACCUUAUGAGUUUACAGUCAGAGCGUCGGUCCUUAGAUUCGAUGCCAUCGUGCCUUCUGUUUCGAGCACUUCCUGGUGUAUCCUGUGAGCUCACCAAAAGCACUUAGUCUCUUUCAGUUCAUUUCUGAUACCUAAUCAUUUCUCUUCUCACUGCCAAUGCCUAAAUUCCACUCUGCCACCCAUUUUUAGUGAUUUAAUCCCGCUCAAAUGCUCAAAUCCUGAUUCGUUCAUUGUCCUUCGCUCAUUCUGUUGACAGCAGUCUUUUUGCUUUCUAUUUUAGCUAAAAUAAAUCUUCUUCACAGACAAAUGCAGCACAUAUCUGUGUAUCUGUGUGGCAGGAAUCCAGGAAUCUGUUUUUAAUGUUGUCAUGCUGGGGUGUUAGUGAACCCCUGUGCUCUUCUCUGUUUCAAAGACCAUAAGAAGGUGAUGUAAACUAACUGGUAUUGAGGCCUUUGUUUAAGUUUAUGUUCAAAUGUGACUUUUUAAAAUGAUGUUGAUGAGAUGGGGGAUCCAUGCUGUACUGCUCUUCUUAUAAUUAUUAUUAUUAUUAUUAUUUUUGGUAUAAUGAAAAACAACCGUGUCUGAUGAAUGUUGUACAGAUAGCACUAGUAACAAUGUGUUUUACUGAGACCACAAACCCAGCAGCUCUGCUACUGUGCCUGACGAUAUUCUUCCUGAAAAAGUUGGUAAUAAUCACAAAGGAUUUAUGUGACGUAUAUGUUAUAUUACGUGUUGUCAUUUCAUGUGUAUAUUAUAGAAUUACAUAUGAAAAUAACCAGUCAUUUAUAAGUUAACAAUGUCAUUGACUUAUUGCUUUGUGCAUCAACAUGUAUUAACGUAUUACUUUUUCAAGAAGGUUAUGACAUUUUAAGGCACACGUAGAGGCGGCUCGUUGCCCCGUGGGCUCUGUGUUUGUAUGUGUGCUGGUAACUGCAGUGAGAAGGGUGGGCUGCCAGGUGGGUUUGGGGUCUCGUGUAGUUGACUGCCAUUGCAGUGAGGGAGCUAAUCUAACAUGUAGUGACUAAUAUGAAAACGUGGACAGAAAACAUUAGAGGUGAAACCAUUAAAGAGUUUUUAAAAGUU